AUGCUCUCCCCGAUUCACAAAUUCAGAUAUUAUAAUUCCCUGGCCGACAAAAAAUUAGCAAAAUAUCCACAAAUAAAUAAGUUGGAACAAACAACUGGAGUUUCAAAAACUUACCUUGCAGCUGGCGUUUUAGGCAUUGUAUCUAUUUUGAUAUUUUUCAAUUUUUGGGGAGAAUUACUCUCUAACCUUAUCGGAUGGCUUUAUCCUGUUUAUGCUUCUUUCAAAGCCAUUGAAAGUGUAGAGAAAACCGACGAUACUCAAUGGUUAACUUAUUGGUAA